UCAACUUAACACAAGUACAAAAAAGGCAAAGGAAUUCACACCCCUAGAAAGCGCAGAGACAGAGAGACGCACGAGUAACAAGAUUGUGUACUUUCGAAAAGAAAAUGGAGAUGGAGAUAGUGCCUGAAAGAGGAGGCAUAGGUGAGCUGAUACAAGCACUUGACCAAGCAACCCUAAUGGCUAAACAACUCCCUACCACUUCUGAUUCUUCCCAACUCCUCCAAAUUUACUCUUCUCUUCAUUCUGCUCACCACCAUCUCUCCCUCUUCCUAUCCCAAUCCCACCACCAUCAUCCACCACCCCAACAACCUCAUCUCCUCCCUACACCGUCUCCGGUUCUUGAGAAUUCUGUCUCCUCUGCUGUAGGCGGUGAGCCUAUGCAAGAAGAUGAUGAUGAUGAUGAUGUGAAUGGAACUGAGCAGAAUUCCAAGAGUAGUGUUGACAGAGUUGAGGAGAAGUUGCGGGAUUGUUUCAUUCGGAACAAGAGACCCAAAAGACCUCUUUCCCCGGGGUCAGCUGCGGCUGAGCAGAGACAGAGCUACGAGAAUGACUUCCCUGUCCUGGAAUUUGAUCCUCAUGGGACUAAAUUGAGGUCCUUGGAGCUUAUUUAUCAGUUCCAUUCUUGAAUAAACUGUGUACACUGUAGAGAAUUGGAUUCUUUUUUGUUUUGAGUUAUAGCUACUUAUUGGGGUGGAUAAAUUAUUGGUUAUUACCUAAUGUAUUUUCAUAAUCUCUAUUGAAAUAUUCUAAGCCAUUUUCCACCA